AUGUCGAUUGAAACACAGAUUGAGAUUGCCGCACCGCCUUCCAAGGUUCGAGAAAUUCUGCUCGACUUUUCCAAAUACCCAGAAUGGCACACUGCAUUAGUCAAAUUGCUCGAGCCCGAGGAUAGCUCCAAGUCGCUCUCAUCACUUGUACCCGGCGACAAAAUCAAAUGCAACAUGGAUGGCAUGCAAUUCGUCGCGAAUAUCACGGAUCGAAAGGCGAACUCAGAGGCUCUCUUCCAGUGGCAAGGUCCACCAGUCUACGGUCUCAUCGCCGGUCUUCACAGCUUCCACUUCGAGCCAGCUAACGAUGGUUCCUCGACCAUCUUCAAACAAACUGAAAAGUUUACGGGCCCGAUUGGAUUCCUCAUGACGCCCUCCCUUCUUGGGAAAAAGAUGAUUGGUCAAUAUAAUAAAUUCAACAGCGACCUCAAAGGUUAUGCCGAAGCCUCUGGCUAG